AUGGCGCAAGACUCAAACCCCUCCUUCGUCCUCAAGGCUGUUAAGGAUGUCGCCUUCGAAGAUAGACCAGUGCCCGCGCUCCAGGACCCCUGGGAUGUACGCGUUCAGAUCGCGCAAACAGGUAUCUGCGGAUCCGAUGUGCACUACUGGCAAAGAGGCAGAAUCGGCGACUUCGUUCUCACAAGCCCCAUCGUUCUCGGCCAUGAAAGCUCAGGCACUGUUAUGGAAGUUGGCUCGGCCGUCAAGAACCUGAAGGUUGGCGACCGUGUGGCCAUCGAACCUGGUAUUCCCUGCAGACACUGCGAGUAUUGCCACAGUGGCUCGUACAACCUUUGUCCGAACGACCGUUUCGCAGCAACACCUCCCCACGAUGGAACCUUGUCGAAAUACUACAUCACUCAAUCUGACUUCUGCUACCCGAUCCCCGAUCAUAUGAACAUGGAGGAAGGCGCCAUGGUCGAGCCAGUGGCUGUCGCAUGCCAGAUUACCAAGGUCGGAAAUGUAAGGGCGAACCAGAAGAUUGUGGUCUUCGGCUGCGGCCCCAUUGGUCUCCUCUGCCAGGCUGUCAGCAAGGCAUACGGCGCCAAGAAGGUCAUCGGUGUUGAUAUUAGCAAGUCUCGUGCAGAGUUUGCGAAGACCUUUGGCGCAGACGAUGUCUUUGUUCCCCCACCGCCUCCGGCUGACGUGACUCCUGAGGAGUGGAGUGAAAAAUUGGCAAAGAUUAUUAAGGAGCAGUUUGACUUGGGCGAGGGCCCGGAUGUUGUUCUUGAGGCUACUGGCGCACAGCCUUGUAUUCAGACAGGAAUCCACCUGACGAAGAAGGGUGGUACCUAUGUUCAGGCUGGAAUGGGACGUGAGAAUGUUAUGUUCCCCAUUACAACCGCCUGUAUUCGCGACUUGACUAUCCGCGGGUCUAUUCGUUACAGUACUGGUUGCUAUUCGACGGCCGUGGACCUAAUUGCUAGUGGAAAGGUGGAUGUCAAGCGCCUCAUUACUAACCGGUAUACGUUCGAGGAGGCAGAGCAAGCCUUUGAGCUGGUUAGGCAAGGGAAGGAGAGUGUCAUUAAAGUGAUUAUCGAGGGAUAUCAGGGCCGAUAG